AUGAGACUCGCCGUUCUUCUCGCCGGCUUCGCUGCCAUCCUUCCCUUCUCACUAGCAGAAGAGCUCAGCGCCGACGACGUACCCUCAGCAUGCAAGACGAUCUGCCAGCCCAUUGUCGAGCUCAGCAAUACAUGCGACAUCGAUCCCAAGGAGAACAAAAUACACGACAAAAGAGGCGAUUUCUUCCUUGUGGCAAGAAGCAAAGAGGAAGAGGCUAUUGAGGCGAACUGCAUUUGCACAAACAAGAGCUUCGAUGUAGAGUCUGUGAUGGCACUAUGCGCAAGCUGUAUGCAGCAGAAUAGUGAUGAUGCAGAAGAUGUGGAAAAGAUGAUGAAGCAAUGUUCUUUCUCGACAACUACAUAUGUGCGCGCAGCUACUAGCGUUGUAUCGGGUAUUCGUGUCGAAGCAACAAAGCCGGCCUCAACAGACAUUCGUCCGACAGCCACCACACAGACGAGGACCACGGACGCUACAGCGUCGGCUACGGAGACUGCGGCGAGUAAUGCGGGAAAGCUCAUGGUUUCUAUAGUGGCUGUCACUUGGGCAAAUCUGAUGUUUGCAUUCUUCUUGUGA